AAGUAAUAUUAUUAUUGUCUGGCUAGCGGCCACGGCCUUCUCCACUUCUCUCUCUCUCCUUCCCCGUUUCCUCUUCCGUUUCCCGAUGCCGCCUUAUCUCCAAGAGCACGAUGACGCUACCUCCACCGCCACCGCCUCCGACCACCACCGCGGCGGCGGCGGGGCCACGGCUCCCCAGCCCCCGCCGCCGAAACAGAACCAGAACCUCCUCUCCCUCCUCCUCAAGCCCCUCAUCAUGGCCAUCAUAACCACCCUCUUCUUCCUCUUCCUAGGCUUCGCCGCUCUCAUCCUCCUCCACCUCUGCCUCGCAGGGGGGCUCCUCCACCGCCGCCGCGCCACCCACCACCAGCUCCCCCUUCCCGCAGCUCCCAACCCGGCCAUCUCCCCCCGAGACCUCAGGAAUCUCCCCAGAUUCAAGCACCCGCGGAACGACACCCCGUCGUGGGGAGACCAGAACCCGAUCUGCGCUGUCUGCUUGGAAGAUUUCAGGCGGGGCCAGUGGUGCAGGGAGCUCGCCGCGUGCGGCCACGUAUUCCACCGGAGCUGCGUGGACGCGUGGCUGGUCAAGGUGGCCGCCUGCCCCGUCUGCCGGACCCGGGUCCAUGCCAAGCCGGAUUGCUCCAGGUCGUGUACGGACAAUCGGGGCAGUAAGCUUCAACUUUGAUCGUUUUAGUGUGAGCAACAGAUAAAAGGGAAGUCUCUGGCUUUUCAUUAGAGAGUUGUAAGUUCUUCAAGCUUCCAUUUUUACUCCCCUUCUUUUUCCUCUUUUAGGGUUCCCUUUCGACUGAAUCACUUUAGUUUAGUCCUCCGAUAAUCUCUUUCUUGUAAAAAAAUGUUCUGCUAUGAAAGGGUGUUUCUGUUUUCCAAUUUUCCGAUGUUUCUUCUCCUAAUCAGCCGAAUUGGAACUUCGCAAUUUGAAUUCUUCAAUUUUCUGUUUUCGGUUUCACCGCAUCAGAGGUGACUAUGUAUGCGACUGGGCAUGCUUAGUUAAGUCAUUUGAUCUCUUGAGCCAACAACUGAUGAUGGUUUGAUCAACAACUUGCUGUAAUGAUGCCAUUUAUGAAGGAAAAUGGUUGUCAAGUUGAAAUAUUUUGAUGGGCAGGUGGGUAAAUUUUCCUUGUUAGUGAGCAAUUGCAAGUGAAUAGUGAUCAUGGGGUCUGCGAUAUCUGGUUCUGAUUUCGAUAUUAAAUUCCCGGUAUCGUGUAGUUGUGUUUGUAAGAGAAGUUAUGUGGUUGGGGGGAAGAAGCGUGGGAAGGGUGGGUUUGUGGUUGGAUUGGAUUUUAGAUGCCCUUUGUGUAGUUACACCUAAUGCUUAUCAAUCACACCUUAAAACUACCAACCGGUGGCUAAGUUUGCUAGAACCGUUUGUCAACCCUGAACAUCGGAUUUGGCCUUACUAAACAAACGGGCCCGUACCAAAGAUUCUGACGUUUCUCCAUUGGUAACUGCUUGGGACCAUAGAUGAUCUGAAGAGCCUGAGAAAUGGCUGGAGUUUGAGCUAGAGGGUGGAACAACAUACAACUCAGCUGCUGAAGCAAGGGGAUUCGUCUUCGUCCUGUCGGAUUCAUCUUCAACUAGCCAUUUCCAACUCUAGUUGUUGGUCAUGCUACUGCUAGCAUCUCAGCUGGGGUGUUAUUCGUACGUUGACAACUUGCACAGAGUUUUUGAGGAGUAGUCUCUGCAAGGCAAUGGAAGUCAUGGUCUCUUGCUGGCUAGAUAAUGGAAGUCGUGAUCAUGAAGAAGAGUUAGGGCCGUUUUCUGACAGAUUUGGAGUCUGUUGAGUUAACGAGGCUUUGGCAUGAGUAUUCCUCUAUUUGUUUCUUCAGGAAACGGCUUUCUAACAGCCACCUGUGUCCCAUGAUGAUCCACAGUCGGGUUGGAAUGUAAUUCUGAUAUCCAGAGGAAAGCUUGGGUGUCGAAGAAAACAUUGCAGUUGUGGUAUUUGUUGCACUCGCUCGGGCAUGUUUGUGCAUUUACUCGUGUUAGGUUUCAUACUGAAAGUAUGUGAUUCGGCUUCUUUA